GAUUUGAAAAUAUCGUUUUGAAUUUGCAUGUAUUAUAUAGUAUAGCAAUUCGUACAUACUUAGUAUUUUAAAUCUAGUCAAAAGCAGGUGUCUAAUACGAUUUUUAGAAAAGAAUCAUUUAAACUUUCUUGGUGGAGUAGAUUUAUAAUAUGUGAGCAUUGAAGGGUUGGCGAAAGCUAGAUUAAGGUUUCACAAGAGUGAGUGGUGAGUUGUGUUUGUAAGAACCCCUUUUGAUUUACUCCCCGUUUCCUCUGUUUGUAAGUUUCCGUGGUUAUUUCAAAGACUUAUCAAUGCUCAUCUAAUCAAUGACAAAUGUGGGGCGCACAGCAUUAGUUCGGCACUUUGUGUGGAGAGCUCGGAACGAGAAGCUGAAGGGACCAAUCAAAGUUUCCAAGUGGAACGGCGGGAUGUCAGUAUCAUCGUGAGCGUUUUCUGAUAUCAUCUUCGAACACACGAUGGCCCGGGAAUUGUUGAUAUAAAAUUAAACAAUCACCCACGCUGCAAAGAUCAAAACAUAGCCAUCGUCUUCAAAACAUUGCAUUGUCAUUUACUCCAGCAUUUACUCCAACAUGGCGAAUUCUAAAACUUGGCCUUAUACAAGCGAUAAGGGAAAUUCAGAGAAUAUAGGCGCCACAGUGACGGAUGCAGUCAUUGAAACUGACUUGUUGAUUAUUGGAGCCGGACCUGCGGGGGCGGCUUUGGCUUGUUUCCUGGGGCAUCAUGGUCUGCGAGGAAUGCUUAUCGCGGCCGCUCCUGGUACAGCCGAUACCCCACGAGCUCACAUAACCAACAUGGCGGCACUGGAAUGCUUGCGUGAUAUAGGCUUGGAAGAAGAAUGUUUGAAAGUUGCUGUGAAGGGUGAUUCAAUGUUGCAUACACGAUGGUGUAAUUCUUUGGCUGGUGAGGAAUAUGCACGGAUUUACUCAUGGGGGAACGACCCGAAACGCGUCGGUGAUUAUGAUGCUGCCAGUCCAUGCAAUCACGUCGAUAUUCCUCAGACAGUUCUGGAGCCGAUUUUGAUCAAUCGGGCAUCUCACAGUGGAUUCAAUUGUCGAUUUGAUACCUCAUUUUUGUCUUUUGAACGAGACUCAACCUCGGGGAUAAUUACCAGCAAACUUCAAGACAAUUUAACGAAACAGAUAUAUCAUGUUCGAUCAAAGUACUUAUUCGGAUGUGAUGGAGCUCGAAGUCAAGUCUUGAGACAGUUGCAGAUCCCAUUGAUCAAGAAACCCAGAGAAGGGCUAGCUAUCAAUGUAUUGGUCAAGGCCGAAUUGAGACAUAUCAUGGACAACAGAAUGGGAAACCUACAUUGGAUCAUGAAACCUGAACAGGAACAUGCAGCUUUUGGUUGGACUGGUAUGGCUAGAAUGGUAACGCCUUGGAAUGAGUGGAUGUUCAUUCUCAUUCCUUCUCCUGAUGCCGGAAAGGACUUCAAACCUUCAGACGAGGAGUAUUUGAGUUGUGUCAAGAGUAUGAUCGGCGAUGAUUCAAUUCAUGUAGAAUUACUUGGAGUCUCCAAAUGGAUGAUCAAUGAAACUGUUGCAGAAUAUUACUCUGAUGGAAACAUAUUUUGCCUCGGUGAUGCGGUUCAUCGCCAUCCACCAACCAAUGGCCUAGGAUCAAACACAUGUAUUCAAGAUGCAUAUAAUCUCGCCUGGAAAAUCGCCUAUGUCUUGAAGGGAAAAGCAGAAAGCAGUCUUCUUGAUUCAUAUAGCUUAGAACGCCAACCAGUUGGCCAAUCCAUCAUCACACAAGCCAAUCAAGCAUUUCUAGAUCAUAUCCCAGUAUGGGAAGCUUUAGGAUUGAUGGACCCAGCCGUCGAAAUUCGACGAAAACAUUUUGCAGAACUCUCGCAGGCUACACCUGAAGGAGCAGCUCGACGAGCACGCUUUCAAGCUGCGAUUGAAGGAACGGCACGCGAGUUUCAUGGGGUUGGUAUUGAGAUGAAUCAACGUUACAAAUCUUCUGCAAUCUUUCUCGCGGAUGAGAAACCAAGGCCGGAAUUACCGGCAGACCCGGUUCUUGAGCAUGAGAUUACUACUUAUCCUGGAAGCCGUCUCCCUCAUGCGUGGUUGAAUACCAAAAUUCCAGGAAAACAAUUCUCAACUAUUGAUCUAGCUGGACAUGGUCAAUUCUGCCUUUUUACUGGGAUUGGAGGAGAAAAAUGGAGAACUGCUGCUGCGAAGGCGGCAGAGGUUCUUGGAAUUGAGAUUAAUGUGUAUUCCAUUGGUUGGAGACAAGAUUAUGAGGACGUGUAUUUCGAUUGGGCGAGACGAAGAGAAAUUGGGGAGAGUGGGUGUGUGUUGGUUAGACCGGAUAGAUUUGUAGCAUGGAGAGCUAUGGAAAUGAUUGAUGGGCCGGAUGAGAAGUUGAUGACUGUUUUGAAGACUAUUCUGAGAGGUUAGAUAACGCUUGUUCGUCUUCAAAACACUUGAAUACGAUGAGGUUUGCAUAUUUCUUAUCCGAGAGAGGCAGGGGUCACAGAAAGGGAAGAUUUUCCGGUGCCUGAUUGUAUUUAGCCGCCGCUUAUAAUUACUGCAUCAAACGGGGAAUAUCA